AUGAAUAUCAAUAAGAUGAAGAAGACCUUCUACUUUUCAUUAUUAUUCUUUCUGGGUUUUCAACCUCUUUGUGGCGUCUCUGGAACGUCAGAGACCAGUGAUUUCUACCAGAAACUUGUGGACUGCCUCACAACCAACGCUAAGCCCCCAAUCCCAAAAGACCAAGCUACCAAGAUCGUGUAUGAGCCCAAAAACGGAAAUUUCAUGUCGAUUUUAAACGCGUACGUGAGAAACCGGCGAUACAACACCACCGAGUCGCCCAAACCCGACGUCAUUGUAGCUCCAUUGGAAGAGACUCAAGUUCCGGCAAUUGUCACGUGCGCUCUCGACGCCGGCGUGCCGAUCAAGGUCCGGAGCGGGGGGCAUGACUACGAGGGGCUAUCGUACGUGGCCGGGUCGGAAUAUUUGGUUCUUGAUAUGUUCAAUCUCCGAUCCGUGGAGGUGGACGUGGGAACCCAGACGGCGUGGGUGCAAACGGGCGCGACGCUCGGCGAGCUUUAUUACAGGAUUUCGGAGAAGAGCCCGACUCUAGGGUUCCCCGGCGGGGUCUGCCCUACUAUAGGGAUCGGUGGGCAUAUUAGCGGCGGGGGGUACGGGAAUAUGGUACGCGCGUACGGGCUGUCGGUGGACCACGUGGUGGACGCGCGGAUUGUGGACGUGAAGGGGAAAGUUUUGGAUAGGAAGGGCAUGGGGGAGGAUUUGUUCUGGGCGAUUAGAGGGGGUGGAGGGGCGAGUUUCGGGGUCAUCUUAGCGUAUAAAAUCGAACUCGUUAAAGUCCCCGAAAAGGUAACACAUUUCGCGGUGGAGAAGACCUUGGAAGAGCACGCGACUAAUGUGAUGGUGGAGUUUCAAAGGGCCGUGGAAACUAUGGACCCAAAUCUCUUCAUCCGUCUUAUUGUACAGUCCACCCCCCCGGGGGAGAUUCAGCAGAAGAGAAACAUAAAACUCACCGCCAUGGGUCUCUUCUUAGGCGACGCCGCUAAGCUCCUCCCUAUCAUGAACAAGGAAAUGCCGGUUUUAGGGCUGAACUCCUCGGGCUGCCAGGAAAUGACGUGGAUCCAAUCCGUUUUAGAAUGGGCAGACUACGACCACACCACCACAAAGCCCGAAGUUCUCCUGGGCAGAGUCCCCGACCAAGUGCUCUUCACCAAGAGAAAAUCCGAUUUCGUUAUGACGCCCAUCCCCAGGGAGGCAAUACCGCCAAUGUGGAAGAAGGUGAUAGAGCUGGGCGAUAUAGAGCUCAAGUUCAACUCCUUCGGCGGGAAAUUACCGGAAAUCUGCUCCGACGAGGAAACGCCGUUCCCGCACCGAUCGGGAGUUCUAUACCUGAUCCAAUACGCAGUGUCGUGGAAAGAAGAAGGGUCGGAAGGGGAGAUGUUGUUUCAGCAACAAGCGAGGGAUAUGUAUAAGUUCAUGGGGCCUUUCGUGUCCAGUAACCCGAGAAGGGCGUACCUUAACUACCGAGAUGUGGACCUUGGGACCACCGAGCAUGGCGUCCAUGCUUUGUCUGAAGGGAGGUUGUACGGGACAAAGUAUUUUAAUAAAAACUACGACAAGUUGGCGAGGGUGAAGACCACUGUUGAUCACAGAAACUUCUUCAGGAAUGCACAGAGCAUUCCGCCUCUCACUCAAGCACGCCCACGCAAUCGUAAACAGGCCGAUUCAUCAUAG